CUCGUACGGGGUGUGUGUGUGGUGUGUGCUACGAUCCUCAGAUACGCCGGUGUGAUACGUGUAGGAAACGAAACGACAAUUUUACGAACGAAUCACACGUCGCAACCUCUUCAACAGCGUCGUGAGACCAUCCCAUGAAUUGGGCUCAACUUUUUGGAUUCGACCCAAAGAGAAAAUAAAAUAUGAAAGGCCUAAAACUUGCUUUAAUUACGCUGCUGUCGACUUUCGCUGUGGGAUGGAGUCACGUCGCUCUCAUGGAGCCGCCAGCAAGAAAUGUUUUAUGGCGGGCCGGCUACCCUAACUUACCUAAGCACGAAGACGACGAUUAUCUUUAUUGUAUUGAGAAGGAGGAGAAGAACUGCCCUCCAUGCGGCGACACCAUCGACUCCCCCCAACCGUAUGCUCACCAGGCUGGGGGCAAGUGGGCGCUGGGUAUCAUCGGCCGCAACUAUUCUGCUGGAGAGACUAUUUCAGUAGGCGUGAACGUGACUAACAGUCAUGGCGGCCACAUGGUCUUCAAACUUUGCCCCAACAACGACGUCACAAAACCAGUUACUCAGGAGUGCCUUGACAGAUACCCUUUGUCCGCAUCUGGGUAUCCUGAUGGUAAAGUACCAGUCACUUCCCCGUAUCAGGAGACGCAAGAAUUCAACCUCAAGAUAAAGUUACCACAAGAUGUCGUAUGCUCUCAGUGUGUUCUGCAAAUGACACAGUAUACAGAGCAAUUCAAGCCUGCAAAAGUCAUGUUCCGCAACUGCGCCGACAUCGGCAUUAUUGACCCGAGAUCCGCGUCUUCACACGCCAGGCAAAACCGUUUUGCUAGCACAUCCAAAUCUUUAACGAACGGAUUCACCCAGCAAGGAUUUCUGGACCAGUCCGCUGGUUUUGGACUCGCCGGACAACAACAAUUCCGAACAGCUCUUCAGGAACCGUCGUCCUUCCUUACAAUCGCUGAUCAGUUGUCGGCCUACGGAGGUUCGCCUCAGUUUGGCCAGCUGGCCUUUGAUAAUCAUUCGCCCCAGGUUCAAUCAUCUUCUGUGCAUUCCCAGACCCCGACAUUUGCAUACGAACCUGACUUCAUGAAUGGGCAGUUUGAUUUCAAAUCCGCACUUGAAUUCAACAAUCAACAGUCUCUUCAGCAAGUAGGAGACGGCAACAACAGGGAAAACUUCCAGCUGCCAAGUCGGCCUGAAUUUGAUAUCAUAAAUUCAGGCAAUCCGCAAGUUGCGGCUGCAAAUAAGCAAGACCAAAAAUUUAAAACUGCAAAAUUUUUAUCGGCCUCAGCUCCUCAACAAUUCUCAUCCCUUUCGCCACUUUCUCCUCAGGUGCCGUUCACGCGAACAAUUCAAGGCACCGAAAAUUUUUCCAAAUUUCAAAAUUCAAAACAAAUCUCGCAUCAGAUUGGUGCACCAUUCGUCCAACAAAAACCUCAAGCUGUAGAGAUCUAUGGUUUCGGUAAUGUCGGGAAGAAACAGAAAAAUAAUGCGAAAAGGGACAGUGAUGCUAAUUUUGCACCAUCAAGCUCAGACUCCCAAUUCCGUAGCCGAAGUAAGGCUAUGUUUCCGGAACAGGGAUCACAACAAAGUCCUGGGUACAUACUGGCUCAUAUUUACUAACCUCGAUAGGUGUGUUCAGAAUGCUUUGUUAGAGUUAUAUCAGAAGUAGCUAGGUGUGUUCGCUAUAUUAGUUAUUUACUUGUUUAAGUGACAUGCGAAACUUCUACUGCAGCGUAUGAACCGGUGAAAUUUAUAAAAACCGGUGUAUUAUAAGCAUUGGUGAUAUUUAUUUUUCUGCUCUAUGGCUGUUAAAUUUCACAGGUUUGCAUUAAAUUUUCAUUGAUAUGAUACGACAGAUCCAUGGUUUGCUAUAGCGGACCCAUGUGAGAAAUUGUUGGUUACCUCAUUCCAAGAAUAAUUAGAGGAAAACGUCAGUCUUUUUUGUUUCUAUCACAAAUUUCUCUGCGCCUACGAAUAAUAAUUUGAAGCUCAAGUUUAAGCAAUCACACAGAGUUUAGUUCCUCUGCUCUGAGAGUUAUGGUACAUUAAUAACUUAAUAAGCUUGUUCGAUUAAAAUUAUUACAUAACUAGAAUUAUUUGUACCAGAAUAUAAAAAGACGAAGAGGCUACUUGGCUAUCUUGAUUUAAAUAGUUUUCCUUUAGUCCGGGCUGAGAACUAAAACGCAUCUUAAUUCUUCUGAGGACAUUAGCGAAAUCAAAUAACGACACAGGAGACAAAUUUAUUAUAACCGUAAUGUGAUUUAUAAAACAGAUGGUUCACUGGACCAUUCUUCCAUAUAUACAGUACGCAUAAUGUACAUUCCUGGACC